UUAUGAGAUAAUCCUGCACUUUCCAUCUCUAUGCCACACUUUUCUAUCUCCUUUUAUCUCUCUGCAAAACAAAAACCCUAAAUCUCUCCUCUCUCAUCAGCUCCUCCAUACCUCUUUUGCUCAGUUUUAAUUUUUAUCUCAGCUCAUCAUCUAUCUCCCAGUUAUCAGCCCAUUCCUUUCUCCAUCCUUUCUCUUGCAGAGCCUUUCUGUUCUUUUUCCUCAACUCUUGGGCGAACUUUUCAAAAUAAGGGAGACUGAGAAGCAUGGAUGUUGACAGGAUGAAAUCAUCAUUAUCAUCAGGAGAGGAACAAAUUGACAUGAUGACAAUGAUGAUGCAGAUGGAAAAGCUUCCUGAUUUCUGUGAGCCUUUUCACAGUACUUCUUCUACUUCUUCUUCUACACUGCAACAAAUCCAAUUCUCCAAUGGAAACCCCCCUAACAUUGUAACAUCACCACCUAUUUAUCACCACCCACAUGCCUCCACUUCUCCUAAUCUCAUCACGCCACCUCAUCCCUCCAUGCCAUUUAUGCCCACUCCAAUGCAAGAAACCUUGACAGGAUCUCUCCAGCCCAACAUGGUCGCUGGCAAACUCAAGUAUCCACCACAAUUCUCAAAUGCAAACUCAUUCUUAUCUUCAAUGGAGAAGAAGAACUCCACUGCAGCAAUUAGAGAGAUGAUCUUUCGUAUAGCUGCAAUGCAGCCCAUUCAUAUUGACCCAGAAUCGGUUAAGCCUCCAAAGCGAAGGAACGUGAAGAUAUCCAAGGAUCCACAGAGUGUAGCAGCGAGACAUAGAAGGGAAAGAAUAAGCGAGAGGAUAAGGAUUCUGCAGAGACUAGUUCCAGGAGGCACCAAAAUGGACACUGCUUCUAUGUUAGAUGAAGCUAUACAUUAUGUAAAAUUUUUGAAGAAGCAAGUGCAAUCUUUAGAACAAGCUGGGGCUAAUAGAUCCUUGGGUGGAUUUCCCUUCUCAGGAUUGACAAUGCCUAACAUGGGUUACUCUUCUUUGAUGAACAAUUGCCAGCCAGCUCCAAAUAUGGUGGGCUCAAUGCACAUGCUUAGAUGAGAAAGAUAGAGAGAAUUGGGUGGAUUAGAUUCGUAUGUGUUAAUCAAAUGCGUACUAGUGAUGGUUUUGAAGCUUGUAAAUUAAGUAAUCAUGUUAUUCUGUUUAAUUUUG